AAAAGUAAAGAGGCGCCAAAAAAAAAACGAUGACGAUUUUGCCCUCGCCGAUCUCUUCUCAGUCUCCGUCCUUAUUCUCUCCAAACCCUAGAACAAGAACCCCGACGUUCCAAGCUGCAUCAGCGACGGACAGGAGAAGGAUCGACACAGCGUCGUCGAACCAAGACCGAAAUCGAACGGCUCUCGAGACUCGAAUCUCUCUCGUUGCAGCUGUCGCUGCUCAGUCCGCUUUCGUCUCCCAACGAAUUUUGACGGAUUUGGUAACGGAAACUGCGAAAUACGUAUUUCCGAGUAGGUUGUUCGAGAGUAGGAAUCUCGAAGAAGCCCUAAUGUCUGUCCCAGAUCUUGAAACUGUAAAAUUUAAGGUUUUGAGACGGAGGGAAGAGUACGAGAUCAGAGAAGUUGAGCCUUACUUUAUAGCGGAGACAACAAUGCCUGGAAAGAGCGGAUUUGAUUUCAAUGGCUCGUCUCAAGGUUUCAAUGUUUUGGCUGCGUACCUGUUUGGUAAGAAUACUGCAAGUGAAAGCAUGGAGAUGACUACUCCUGUCUAUACUCGAAAGGCACAAUCAGAUGGAGAGAAAAUGGAUAUGACAACACCUGUUAUAACGAAGCGUUCAGGAGAUCAAGAAAACUGGCAAAUGUCAUUCGUCAUGCCCUCCAAGUACGGAGCUAAGCUGCCAUUGCCAAAGGAUGCAUCUGUAAGGAUUAAAGAGGUUCCCAAAAAGAUCAUUGCAGUUGUUGCCUUUUCAGGUUUUGUUACAGAUGAAGAAGUUAAACGCAGGGAAUCAAAAUUACGGGAUGCUUUAAGGAGCGACACACAAUUUCAAGUGAAAGAGGAUGCUUCCGUGGAAGUUGCACAGUAUAAUCCCCCUUUCACACUCCCGUUUACCCGCCGUAAUGAAGUAGCACUGGAGGUUGAACGGAAAGGUAAUUAAUGCAAUCCAGGCCCAGACACCUCAUACAUGAAAAAUAUCAGGAAAAAAAUCCAUCAUAGAUUGCUAUAUAUACUUGAUUAUAAACAAACUGUACUAUAUAUGCUUGAUUAUACACAAACUGUAAUUAAUAUUAGCAAUGAACUUCUUCUUCUUCUU